CAUGGCUUACACUAUGUAGGGAAUUUUCAUAAAAAAUUCUAAGCGAGCAAAGUCUUUUAAAUUCAAAGUUUCCGUACAAUAUUACAGGAUAGGAACGCAAGAAUUUCCAGACAUUUUUGUAUAAUCCAGAUAAUCCAGAUUAAGCUUUGGAUAAGAGAUUUUCUAACACAAUUUUGUAACGAUAGAUUUCAUGUGGUAACUUGCAUUAACUCUUUACGGAAAUCAAGUUCUCUUUUGCGAAUCUAUCACCUGAAAGUAAUUUCGAUCUCAGGAAUUAGUUAAAUUAUGAUUAUUUGACUUGUGAAUGUGUGCAAUUAAAAUAUGAAUCAUUUUCACUUGUAUACCUACGCUACAUUCAUCGUUCCAAUGAGAUGUUGUCCGUGCGUUCAUCAUCAGAUUGAAGAAUCUAAGAAAACAGAAAAUAUAAAUGCUCAACCAAAGGAAGAUGAUAUUGUUCCUGACGAUAACUUCAUUAUUGAACAUUUCAAACUACCGCCACGGCCCUUAUACCUUGAUCCUUUUAGACGGCCCUUAAUAACGUUUCCGAUGGUGGAAAACUCACAACAUUUUAGCAUGGCGAGAAAAUAUAAAAUAAACCAACAAAUUCUGGACGGAUACCUCGACCCAAGUGAGGCCAUCACGGCUCCUCCUAUAUUUCCUUACCCAAAAAAAGAAAAGGACAAGAUAGGCAAAUACGAUGACGUGCAAAUCAUUUUUCAGUUAUCUGAGGGGCAUUACAAAUGUCCUGUGCAUAAUAAAACAGUUGGAACUCCGAGGAUUUUAGGAUGUUGCACUUGCCUUAAAUCAGAAAGCAAAAGUGAAGCCAGGCAAAGAAAAAAAUCAGAUAGACCAUACAAAAGGCCCAAACCAUGGUUACUCAGCAGACACACCGACUUUGAUCUUAUUUCGCAAUGGUGAAGUGUUACAGACUGUACAACAAUAUUUUAGUAAAUUUAUUAAAUUUUAAACCUGAUAUUAAAUAAAUUAAA